AUGACCUGCUACUGGCAGAGAAAGAGCGUGAACACUGACUGGCUGGCUGCUCUCCUCUUCUUCUCUCCUUUACUUUCUCCUGCUUUCCUUUUCCUUUCUCUUCCUUUCUCUUCCUCUUCUCCCUCUUCCUGGUCUCUCAAUUCCUCAUCUCCUCUCUUUCUCUCCUCUUUCCACCUCUCCUCUCUGCUUUAGUCCCAGCACCAUGAAGACGAGAAAAGGGUGCUGAGUCGAGAGAUCAUCGUCCUCAACAAUCACCUCAUGGAGGCCAAGAUCACAAUUGAAAAGCUCAGAGAGGACAAUGUGAGUAUACCAGCCAGCCGUUGCACAAAAUCCUUACUUCAUGAGGUUUUUUGAAGUGAUCCACUGAAACAACUACACACCCAAUUAGACCAAUGCCUGGUGAUGGCCUUUGCCACCCGUGCCACCUCUAACAUGAACAUAAAAAUCUCAUAGUACAUUGUCAUCAUCACGACUUCUUCAUUCUUUAAAGUGUAAGAGGUACAGUAGUCACCCUCAAAUCAAUAGGGGCCUGAUCGGAAAAACGAGCACUAUUUUCCUGUGCGGAUGGAUUUGUUCCGUGACUGAUGUUGUGUUUGUUCCUUUGAUCGUGUUCUUCCUAAGUGGAGGCUUGCCUUGUGAGACCCUCAAAACUUGAAAUGGAAGUCAACUUUUGGGGUUGUCAGAAGAGGCUUGAGGGAGAGAAAAACAGAUCUAGGCUAGUAAUCAAUUUGUAAUAUAAUUUUUGGGGGCGUUCUUUUUUGUUUGUCAAGCAUUGGUGUGUAUGCGAACGCCACAUGCUGAAAUGACUGUUUGGUCCCAUUCUACUCGGAUGCACAAAUACCAUGGUAUUACAUGGAAUUUACAUGUAUUUGUAUAUUUAAUAGAACUGCAAAGUAAUUAUUGCAGUAACCUAUUUGAAAUAUAUUUAGGUCAGUUACUCCCAUUACAAUUAAUACUGUUCUUAAGUCUGAAUGGCACCCCAACCUAUGACUCAACAACAGUGUUUAUCUUUCCCAUGCCAGGACCUGUACAGGAAGGACUGUAACCUGGCAGCACAGCUCCUUCAAUGUUCCAAGUCACACCACAGAGCCCACAAACUAUCUGAGGUGAGUUCUGCUCUGCUCUCCACUCACUCACGAUAACAAACAGCCCUGUCUCAAGUGCUGUUCUGUCAGGCUCUUGAUGGCCACUUCAUUAUCCCCCUGUUGAUUUGACCAUACAACUGAGUACAACAGAGGACCAAUGGACUCCAACAACAUCUAGUCCACACAAAGGGGAGUAGGAAGUGAGGUAUGAGAGAAAAUCCUCAUAAUUCCUCUUAAGAAUGCCUCACAGACGUGGGACUAUUUUUUCAACGUAAUGUCAUGCAUAUAUGGGCCAAGUAGCAAUGCAGCUACGGUAUGAAAUUGAAGGAGUUAUUGAAAUACAGCAAGAUACCAGGGUCACAGCGGUUGUUAUCGAUUGACUCAUUCAGCUCUCCAUAAUCAUACUCCAAUGAAAUAACAGUGAUUGGCUUUUGAAAGCACAUCCCUCCGAGUCGACUGAAAGUGAGACCCGGCACAAGUAACGAAUGUCAAUGACCAAUUCCAGAGCAUUGACGAAUCCGUUAAAAAAAAACAGUGGUGAAUAUAGCUGAGUGCGAUCAAAGGGAUGCUGUAUGAUUUUCAUUGGGACUUAACUCUGCUAAUUACCAGCCAGAUAAAUUGAUCGGUGUGCAGCGGAGCCCCUCAGGAAAGUUGCUGAACACGCCAUGUGUUUUUGCUGGAGACCUGUAGCUGUGUGUUUGAUAGUGGAGGGAAGAGCGGGCGGGGGAGAGAGACCAGAGAGGAGGGGAGAGGGGGGGGGAGGAGGGGGACACAGGAGAGCACAGAGAGAGGGGAAGGAGCACAAGAGGAGAGGGAGAGAGAGGAGAGCCAGGAGGAGGGGAGAGGGCACAGAGAGGAGGGGGAGAGGAGACACAGAGAGGAGGGGGGAGGAGAAAGAGACGGGGAGAGGAGACACAGAGGGGAGGACCCGAGAGGGGGGGAGAGGAGGGGAGGGGAGAGAGACACAGAGAGGAGGGGGAGAGGAGACCAGAGAGAGAGGGGAGAGGAGAGAAGAACAGAGAGGAGGGGGAGAGGAGACACAGAGAGGAGGGGAGAGGAGACAAGAGCAGGAGGAGGGAGGAGAGGAGACAGAGAGGAGGGGAGACGGGGACACAGAGAGAGGAGGGGAGAGGAGAGGAGACACAGAGAGGAGGGGGAGAGGGAGACACAGAGAGGGAGGGAGAGAGGAGACACAGAGAGGAGGGGGAGAGGAGACAGAGAGAGGAGGGAAGGGAGGGAGACACAGAGAGGAGGGGGAGAGGAGACACAGAGAGGAGGGGAGAGGAGACACAGAGAGGAGGGGAGAGGAGACACAGAGAGGAGGGGAGGAGGAGAGGAGGGGACCACAGAGGAGGAGAGGGGAGAGAGAAACAGAGAGCAGAGGGAACACAGAGAGGAGCACAGGGAGAGGAGAGACACAGAGAGGAGGGGAGAGGAGACACAGAGAGCGGGGGAGAGGAGACACAGAGAGCGGGAGAGAGGAGACACAGAGAGGAGGGGGAGAGAGGAGACACAGAGAGGAGGGGGAGAGAGGAGACACAGAGAGGAGACCAGAGAGGACGGGGGGAGGAGACACAGAGAGCGGGGAGAGGAGAGAGAGGGAGGGGAGAGAGGAAGACACAGAGAGGAGACAGGGGAGAGGAGACACAGAGAGGCGACACGAGAGGAGGGGUAGAGAGACCGAGAGGAGGACCCAGAGAGGAGGACACAGAGAGGCAGGGGAGAGGAGACACAGAGGGAGGGGGAGAGGAGAACAGAGAGGAGGAGGGAGGGAGACCACAGAGAGGAGACACGGAGAGCGGGGGAAGAGGAGGAACAGAGACGGGAGAGAGGAAGAGAGGAGACACAGAGAGCGGGGGAGAGGAGACACAGAGAGCAGGAGGAGAGGAGACACAGAGAGGAGACACAGAGAGGAGACACAGAGAGCAGGGGAGGAGGAGACACCGAAGGAGGGGGAGAGGAGACACAGAGAGGAGAACAGAGAGGAGGGGGAGAGGAGAGGAGACACAGAGAGGAAGACACAGAGAGGAGACACGGAGAGCGGGGAGAGGAGACACAGAGAGCGGGAGAGAGGAGACACAGAGAGCGGGAGAGAGGAGACAGAGAGGAGGGGGAGAGGAGACACAGAGAGGAGACACAGAGAGGAGACAUGGAGAGCGGGGGAGAGGAGACACAGAGAGGAGGGGAGAGGAGACACAGAGAGGAGGGGGAGAGGAGACACAGAGAGCAGGGGAGAGGAGACACAGAGAGGAGGGGGAGAGAAGACACAGAGAGGAGGGGAGAGGAGACACAGAGAGGAGAGGGAGAGGAGACACAGAGAGGAGACACAGAGAGGAGGGGAGAGGAGACACAGAGAGGAGACACAGAGAGGAGACACGGAGAGCAGGGGAGAGGAGACACAGAGAGCAGGGAAGAGAAGAGAGAGACCCCCACAGAAUCUAUCUCCAUUUCUCACUGACCCCCUAUGCUAUUAAUAACUCAAGAGAAAAAUAGAAGGAAGACCAGCCUAUAAUUUACAGGACUUGUUCUUCUUGUGGCUGUCCAAUAAAGACAAGGGAAGUUGUAUGUACUGUUAGCAGAGGGGGGAGUUGUGUGUGUGUGUGUGUGCGUGUGUGUGUGUGUGUGUGUGUGUGUGUGUGUGUGUGUGUGUGUGUGUGUGUGUGUGUGUGUGUGUGUGUGGUGUGCGCGCGCGCGUGUGUGCACAUGUGUAUCUGUGUGUGUGUGUGUGUGUUUAUUGAUGUACCCGUAUUCAUGCUGAUGGAUGUAACCUAAAACUCAGUGAAGUAAACGACUGAGGAAUUAGAAGAAAAGCUCCUAGCCAAAGCACAGGAGCGGAGGGGUUGUGGUCAGCAAAUUUCUGACAAAUUCAUUAGAGAGGGCAGUGUAGUGAAAGUCCCACCGGGUCUCCGAGCUGGACUGAGUAAACACACGAGAAUAAAUUAAUUUUCUAAACUCAAACUCUAGAUUGGAGCCUAGGGAACAGAAUUGAUAAAAAGCUGUGCAGAUGUGGCGAGCAUUCCAUAAUGGCAAGUUUGUGAAUAUGUAUGGGGAGAUAUGAUAGUGGUUGUCAGACAGCAUGGUCUAAAUAGGGAAUGCUUGUUGUAGAGUAAAGUUUUGCUGGAAAAAUCUCUGAAACAUUACUUUGUUAGAGUAGUAGUCCUCCUUUCUGUCAUUUAUUGCUGUAAUUUCUGAAUCAAUUUAUAUUCAAUGAACUCUCAUUUAUUUGUCUGUCCAUGUCCUUUCUCUCUUUUAAUAUUUCUCCUCACCGUCCCUUUCUAUUUCUCUCUCUCCAGCUGCCCAUUGACUUCCAGGAGCGGGUGAGCUCCCACAUUGAGAAGCAAGGCCACGGCGUCACCAUGGCACUGUGCCACUCGCCCUACUCCGAUGCUGUGCCCACUGCCGUCAUCGCCAAAGUGCUAGAGAAGCCGGAGCCAGGCAGCAGCUGCCCCAACACCCGUUCACCCAGCCCCAAGCCACUGGAGGAUGAGGGCCAUGACCAUAACUUUGUGCACACUAGCGUGGGCGGCGGCACCGAAAGCCUCCAGCGCCGCACCGCUUACCGGACAUCGGACCUGUACUGCAGCGACACAGCCCUGUACUGCCCUGAGCGCUGGCAGGAGCGCAGACAGAGCGUGGACGUCCAUGGCCGCCCCAUGGGUCUCCUCCUCCAGGCCCAGAACUCCACAGAUUCCAACCCCGAGGAGGAGGCCUUCCAUUCGGGUAACUUCUCCCAUCACGGGGCACCCUCCUUCCAUGGAGAGUUUGCCGUGGGCUCCUUGCGGGCCUCUAGCUCCUACUCCAGCUUCAGCCAGGCGUCGGAGGAUGAGAAGGGUGGGGAAGGCUGCGGCGGUGGCCCCAGCAGCACCAUGUCCUCCUCCCACCAGGCGCUCUACAUGGACUGGCGGGAUGGGGGUUACGGCGAGCGAAAGAGCACCUCGUCCUAUGAGAAGGACAGCCCUCCUGGCACCAGCGUCUUCCCCAAGUCCCACAGCUUCCAGCACAUGGCAAUGCCGCCUUCCCCCAACCCGGCGAAAGGCAGCGGUGGCUCUUCACCGGCAUAUGAGCGCACAGCAUCCUGCAGCUACAGUGAGCCGUACCACUCGCCGCUCGUCACGUCGUCACACAGUGUGGGCUCGGCCCAGGGAGGAGGAGGACCCCGGGGUGCGGAGCGCUCCGACAGUCAGGCCAGCAUUGGCAGCAUGGGUGUCCCCACCGAGGAGGAACUGACUGGACGCUGGAGGCAGCUGAGCGUAGAGGACAUCAACUCGUACUCCUUCAACCGCAACCCGGGCCGCGUGUCUCCUUACAGCUUCUCCGAGCAGCACUUUGCCAUGGGCCCGGCCAAGAUUAAACUGGGGCCUCUCUACAGCAGCUUCCAGGAGGGGGACGACAACGUCUUCCUCCACAGCCACGUGCUGGACCAGUGCUUGGCUGCUGCCGCCGGUGUUGGCCUCUCACCCAGCCCCAGUCCCAGUCCCAAACACCCCAGCCUGGGCCUGCGGGGCAAGCCGGACAAUCCUCCGCCCCUGUACAGAGCCAAGGUAGACAGCCAGGACUCAGAGUACAGCCUGCAGUUCCUCUCAGGGAGCUUGAAGGACAAGGAGAGCGGGGCGGCUGGAGCGGUAGGGGGGAGCAUGAACAAGGAAUACGUGGAUGUGAGCCCCAACAGCUCAGCCGAGUCCUUACACCACCAAAGCUCCCUUGAAGCCUCCAGUCUGCAGCACUACCAGCGGGAGAGAAUGAGGCCCAGCCCGAGCCCGGCUCUUCCCAAAAAGAGUUCCCAACAAUACCAAAAAUUUGGAAGCACAGGAACAGGACUGAGCAGGAAAGAC